AUGGAUUCGAUCGAUGGAUGGAGCUUCACCGGCGCGCGCGGACGUACGUAUCUCCAGUCCCUGACAGUGCGUCUGGAGGAGAUGCGGGUGAAGCGGCGCGACUCGGAGCAGUGGAUGCACCACCGCCUCCUGCCGCAGGAGCUGCGCGAGCGCGUCCGGCGCUACGACCAGUACGUACAAGUGUCUUUAACACGUACGCGCGGCGUCGACGAGGAGGCCCUGGUCCAGAACCUGCCCAAGGACCUCCGCCGCGACAUCAAGCGGCACCUCUGCCUGGGCCUGGUCCGCCGCGUCCCGCUCUUCGACAACAUGGACGAGCGGCUGCUGGACGCCAUCUGCGAGCGGCUCAAGCCGGCGCUCUACACGGAGCGCACCUACAUCAUCCGCGAGGGGGACCCCGUGGACCAGAUGGUCUUCAUCAUCCGCGGCAGCCUCGAGAGCAUCACCACCGACGGCGGCCGCAGCGGCUUCUUCAACCGCAGCAUGCUCCAGGAGAGCGACUUCUGCGGCGAGGAGCUGCUCACCUGGGCGCUCGACCCCAAGUCCGGGGUCAGCCUGCCCUCCUCCACGCGCACCGUCAUGGCGCUCUCCGAGGUCGAGGCAUUCGCGCUGCAUGCCGAGGAGCUCAAGUUCGUGGCGGGGCAGUUCCGCCGCAUGCACAGCAAGCAGGUGCAGCACACGUUCCGGUUCUACUCCCAGCAGUGGCGCACCUGGGCGGCCACCUACAUCCGUGCGGCAUGGCGGCGGCACCUCAAGCGGAAGGCCGCCGAGCUGCGGCGGAAGGAGGAGGAAGAGGAGGGACGCUCGUCCAGCUUCAAGACCACCAUACUGGUUUCCCGCUUCGCCGCCAAGAUGCACAGGCAACGCUCCAAGCGGGAUGAGGAGGUCAUGAUCCAUGUCCCCGUGCCUAAGCCCCGUGAGCCUGACUUCGGCAUUGAUGACUGA